UUCAAUUCAAAUACAUCUGUAUAUUGUCUGGCUGUCCAAUCUUUUUUCUCUGUGUUCUUGGAUUAACUAUUAAUUCAGGAGUUUAUUUAAUUUGGCUAGCCAUGUUUGGAUUCUAAUCAUUGGAUCCUCAAGAUCGUAGAUUCAUCAACCCAUCAAGUAUGGGGUUUCUUCCUUCUGAGACUCAAGUCUCGCGUUUCUUCUUUCCAUGGAAGAAAACAAAACCAAAAAAACUCCAAAACUGGCCAUUCACCGAAGGAAAAUGCAUUCGAUUUUCACUAAAUGAGAUCAGAACAGCGACCAACGACUUCAACUUGCGUCUCGGCAGUGGCGCCUUCUGCGACGUUUACAAAGGGCAUAUUAUUACCGACGGAACCGACAUGGAUGUUGUAAUCAAGUGCCUUAAAAAAGAUAAUCAGAUACAGCCAGAGUCUGCGUUUGAGACAGAGAUAUUGUUGUUCUGCCAGUUGCGCCAUCCUAACCUAGUUUCAUUCAUUGGAUUUUGCGAAGAAGGAGAUGACCGUAUGCUAGUUUAUGAGUUCCUUGACAAUGGUCCCUUGUCUAAUCAUCUCUUCGGCAAGACUGCCGGAGAUCCACUCUCCUGGAAGAAACGGCUGGAUAUCUGCAUCGGGGCCGCGCGUGGUGUACAUUACCUCCACACAGGGAUUAAGCAUGCCAUUAUCCACAGAGACCUGAAAAGUUUCAACAUUCUAUUGGACAAAGACUUGGUGCCCAAGCUUUCUGCCUUGGGGCUGUCCAAAUUGGGCGGUACUAAUGUGAAAAAUAAACUCGACAAAGCUCCAUCAAGGAAGACGGGUACACUAGGGUAUGCAGAUCCGGAGUAUCUGGAAUCGGGAAACGUUACGCAAAAAUCUGAUGUCUUUGCUUUUGGAGUGGUGUUAUUUGAAGUCUUGUGUGUUAGAAGUUCAGCAAAGUUUAAAGAAUGCAUGGAUGGGACUUCACUCUUUGAUAUCAUUGAUCCAUACUUGAAGGGCGAAAUAGCUCCAGACUGUUUGAGAAAAUUUGUGGACAUUGCCGAGAGAUGUGUGCGUCGAACGGGAGCCCAGCGACCAACAAUGGGUGAAGUGGAGGUAGAACUUGAGGAUGCAUUGGAGCUGCAGGAAAAGUCGGAUUCUAGCAAAAACUUGGAGACAAGCACCUCUAUUGCUCCUGCCCAUCAUAACUAUACCUACGACGGGAUGACAUUUCGGACCAUCAAGGAUAUUUUUUUCUGGUUUGCGGAAGACAGUCUUUCAAAUAAUUUUACCACUUGCCUGUCUGAAAACAAUACUACCGUAUUUUCUGACAAGUCCACGACCAAUAUGAAAAAGAAAAAAUGAUACAUUUGUUGUAAAUUCUUAUUAGUUAUGUUGUUAUAAUGUAAAUUCUAAUUUCUAUAUAAAGGAGCCUAAUGAGAAUGAAACACACAUCUACUUUCUUC